CGUGACGUCACUGAGGUUUGGCGCGUAUAAAAGCGCGAGAGUGGGCGGACUGACUGACAAACUGAGUGUUUGUGUCGCUGAUUUUGUGAGGAAAAAACUAACAAUGGUGCAACUUUCUAAAACUGGAGUGAGAGACACGCUGAAAGCUGGUCAUCCUCCUGCAGUGAAAGCUGGAGGAAAAAGAGUGGUGAAGAAGAGUGCUGAGGAUAAUGCCAAUGUGGAGAAAGAGGCCAAGAAAGUGGAUAAAUCUAGGUCCCUGCCGACCCCUUCCAGAAUGCAGCACUUGAGUCUUCUUCUGGCUGGUCCACUUGAGAAGUUGGGUCAUGAUUUCCCAGAGACUCCAGUUUCUGUGCGGCACAGCCGAGUCAGACCGAGCGUUGAGAAACCUCACGUCCCGCGCAUCUCCAUCUGCAUUCAACAGCCACGCAAGUUUUGAGCAAAAAUAGCUUUUGCUGCUGAGCUUCUGACGACAUGAUGUGUCAAGACAACCCGGAUGUGUUUUUGUAGGUGAAUCAUGGAUGUGACUUGCUUGUCGACUUGUAACAAAGUUACUGUAAUGUGACUUCUGUUUAGGUUGUUUGUUUGUAGCUUUGCAGCCUUGAAGGUUUUUCUUCCUGCAUAGAUUGUGUGUUUGCGCUGUGUGGAAGAUUCAUUAACCCAGUGUGAAUUAAAGCUGUGCUGUGGGAGAGAUUCAGACUGCUGCUUGACUGACAUGAAUGAAUGUUAAUAUGCUUGGCACUUAAUUGUAGCAUUAAUAUGCAUGCAGUUUCUGAACUUUAUUUUUGAUAAUCAAUGAAACUGUUUUUCCUACUCUCACAAAAUGAGACUUUCAUACCAGUAAAGUUCACUUUUCCAGCAAAUGAAAUGGUGGCUGUAGUUUCAUUUCACAACCGUUAGGUGGCAGUAGAAUCCAUUCAGUAGACAGAUUUUGCAAUUGUAUUCACAAGCCAUUUGCUGAAAAUGUGCCAACACUCAGGCCAUCAGAGUUAAUGAGUUUUUUUCAUCAGAUUUGGAGAAAUGUUGCAUUUCAUCAAUGGAUCCUCUGCAAUGAAUGGGUGCCGUCAGAAUGAGAGUCCAAACAGCUGAUAAAAAUAUUUUUGAUUUGGAUUUUUUUUUCUACUAAUAAUAAUACCAAAAAUAAAUUAAAUAAGCUAUUAAAAUAAAUAUACAAUUGAAGUUAAAAUAAUAGUAAUGAAAAAAUAAACUUAAAAAAAAAAAUAGUAAUAAUUUAACAAAAAGUACAACAUAAGUUAAACAAUUAAAUAAUGUAUAAAAAUCAGAAUAAAAUAUUAAAAAUACACGCAAUUAAAAUAAAUAUAGAAAUAAUAAACAAACUAUAUUUAAUAAACUAUUUUAAAUUAAAAUCUAAAAUUAAAAUUUUAUAAAACCAAUGAUUAAGAUAACAAAGUAAUAAUACAAUACAAAAAUAAACUGUUAAAAUAAAUGUAGUAAAAUGAAAAUACAAUUAUAAUUAAUACAAUUAAAAAAAAAAAUCAAAAUAAGUCACAAAUAAAAUAAUAAAAAUAAAAUAGUAAUUAAUCAUAAUAAUAAAACUACCAAAGAUAAAUAAUAUAAUAAUUAAAUAAGCAAUUAAAAUAAAUAAAUAUACAUAAUGAUGGUAAUAAUUAAAAUAAAUAAACUUAAAAAUAAGUAAUAACAAAAAGUACAAAAUAAAAAAUAUAAAUAAAAACAUUUGAAUAAAGCAACAACAAUGCUAGUAAAAAUAAAUACAAUUAAAAUAAACAUAUAAAUAAUAGAACAAAAUAUAUUUAAAAUAAAAUAAAAAAUAUUUAAUACUUUUUAAAAAUUAAAAUCUAAAACUAAAAUUAAAUAAAACUGAUUAAGAUAACUUAAAUACGAUACAAAAAUAGAGUUAAUAAAUAUAAUAAAAUUAAAAUACAAUUACAAUUAAUACAAUUUAAAAAAGCAAUUAAAAUAAGUUACAUAAAAAAUAGUAAUAAUAAUAAUAAAACUAACAAAGAUAAAUUAAUAGAAUAAUAAGCAAUUAAAAUAAAUAAAAAAACAUUGGAAUCUAAUUAAUUAAUUAAUUAACAUCUUGAGAAGUGAAAAGAAGCUUCUGGACUGGAGAGUUGUGUAUUACUUGUGGAUUAUUGUGAUGUUUUUAUCAGCUGUUUGGACUCUCAUUCUGACGGCACCCAUUCACUGCAGAAGAUCCAUCGGUGAGCAAGUGAUGGAAUGCUACAUUUCUCCAAACCUGAUGAAGAAACAAACUCAUCAACAUCUUGGAUGACCUGAGGGAAAGUACAUUUACAUGCAAACUUUCAUUUUUUGCCUGAACUAUUCUUUUAAGACCAACAUGGCAAAUGUUACAGUACUAUAUACUGUAAUGGCCUUUUUUUCCUUGAUGUGCUUUAAUCUUGUUCGCUGAUGUUUCUCAUAAAGUUUGAGUUUAUA